AGCUCCCUUCCGGCAGAAAGACCCAGGGACAAGAGUGUGAAGUCAGGCCUCACAGGGGCAAGAAGAAAGCCGUCCAAAGCCAGCUGGUCUGGCUUUGAGGAAAGCAAGAGAGAUAGAAAGCACAAGAGAGAAAGGGGAAAAGAGAGACAGAGAAAAUUAAGUAAUAAAAGGGAAAUUAAGAAAGUAAGAGUGGCACGCGGCUGAGAAAGAUACCUGAGGAAGGCCUUGGCAGCAGGUUCUGUGAAGGUAAUCGAUCAUCUCAAGAAACAGGGCAUUUUACCCGAGGAGGAGAAAGCACCAGCGAGCUCCAAGUAGAGAGAAGCAUUGAAAGCAAAGGAAGAAAGAACGUAAAUAAGACUUGAGCUGGAUAUUUUGGGUCCAGGACUGAGGAUUGUGCUGCUUCGUUUGUUAGGAUCGUGGUGUGGACACCUCAGGAAAAAGACAUAGACAGAAAGAGAGUGAGAGAGAAAGACUCGAGAAGAAAGAGUGGAGUACAAUGUGCUAGGGGAGUGAAGGCAGACCAACUCUCGUGUUUUUCUGAUAUUCUCGGGGUGUCAGAGAGACCAAGCAGGACGCCAAGAUGGGACGGAAGAAGAUACAGAUCACGCGGAUCAUGGAUGAGAGGAACCGGCAGGUCACCUUCACAAAGCGGAAGUUUGGUUUGAUGAAGAAAGCUUAUGAGCUGAGCGUGUUGUGUGACUGUGAGAUUGCCCUGAUCAUAUUCAACAGUUCAAACAAACUCUUUCAGUAUGCCAGCACUGACAUGGACAAAGUCCUACUUAAGUACACAGAAUACAACGAACCCCACGAGAGCAGAACCAACUCUGACAUUGUAGAGAAAUUAAGAAACAAAGGCCAUAAUGACUGUCCCAGUCCUGAUCCAGAUGACUGUUUCGGUCACAGUCCCCUCAUGGACGAUCGUUUCGGCAAACUAAACGAAGAGAGUGAUUUAAUGUACAAGCGCUGUGGUGCGCUUAACAAGAAAGAACACAGAGGCUGUGAUAGCCCGGAUCCUGACGCCUCAUAUGUCCUCACCCCUCACACAGAAGAAAAAUAUAAAAAAAUUAAUGAAGAGUUUGAUAAUAUGAUGCGAAAUCAUAAAAUCCCGACGGCAUUGCCCCCGCAGAACUUCUCCAUGCAUGUGGCUGUGCCAGUGACGAACCCCAAUGCCAUGUCCUACAACCCCGGGGCCUCUCUGAGCAGCCAGAGCCUGUCGGUCGCCACUGCCUCUCUGAGUGACGGUGCCAUGCUGUCUCCUCCUCAGGGUUCUCUGCACAGAAACGUAGUGUCUGGCGGGCCCCCACAGAGGCCCCCCAGCACAGGCAACGCAGCAGGAAACGGCUUUGUUAACCCGAGGGGCUCGCCGGGGCUUCUGGGUACACCCAGCGGGAACGGACUGGGUAAAGUCAUGCCUGCGAAGUCACCGCCGCCACCGGGGGGCAACAUGGGCAUCGGUAGCCGCAAGCCAGACUUGAGAGUCGUCAUCCCCGCAUCCAGCAAGGGCAUGAUGCCACCCCUGCAGUCGGAGGAGGAAGAGAUGGAGUUGAACACUCAGAGGAUAAGCAGUUCCCAGGCUCUGGCCACACCGGUGGUCUCCGUCACCACCCCGAGUCUGCCACCACAAGGCCUGGUCUACUCAGGCAUGCCCACUGCCUACAACUCUGAAUACUCCCUGAGCAGUGCUGAGCUCUCCUCUCUGCAAGGCUUUGGCUCUCCAGGGCUCUCUAUAGGCUCAAUGUCGGCAUGGCAACAGCAUCAACUGGGCCAGGCAGCUCUCAGCUCGCUGGUAGGUGGCCACUUACCUCAGGGCUCAAAUCUCUCCAUCAACACCAGCCAGCAUGUCAACAUUAAAUCAGAGCCCAUCUCUCCUCCACGUGAGCGCGUGACCCCGUCCGGCUUCCCGCAACAGCAGCAGCAUCAGCAGCAGCAACAGGCUCCCUCUGGCCGUCCCGACAUGGGCCGCUCGCCCGUCGACAGCCUCAGCUCCUCCUGCUCCUCCUACGAUGGAAGCGACCGAGAGGAUCACCGGCCUGAUUUCCACUCUCCCCUCGGCCUGGGCCGACCCCCCGCCGCCGGGGGCGAGGAGAGAGAGAGCCCCACGGUCAAGCGCAUGCGCAUGGACACCUGGGUGACAUAAAGCUGUCUGGAGCUUGACAGCCAGUCAGUCACACGCAGGGCUGGGCAGGGGGAAAGGGAGAGAGGAGUGACAGCAGGGAGGGUCAUUAUUGUUAUUAUUCUAUUGAUAUAAUUUAAUGUCAUUUCACUUUUUUUUGUAAGUAGGUGGAUGGGGAAAGAAAUCGAAAAUGUCCUGACAUAUUGAAAUUUAACAGAUGUGAGGAGAGAGAGAGAAAUUCUCAAGUCGAGCAGUCAGAAUGAAUGGUGUACUCAAAAAACAGGUGUUAUCAGGUACUUGAUGCAAAUUGCAUUGUGCGAUAGUCCAAUGUAUGAAGAAAACAUUUCGAUAAUUGUUGUCACUGGUGCAGUUUGACACUUGUAGCUGUUUUCGCUGUUGAAUUUGCAAACAAUCAAAGAAAGUUUAGGGGCGGCUUUCUGUUCGAAGGCUCCUGCCUGUUGGGCUCAUGUAUUAAACAAUCUGUAUCUGCACUCGCCCUUAUAUGAAGUAUGUCACUUAUUAAUUUAUUUAAAGGUAUUUGAUGAUAGAUUCGGAUCAGUUUUACGAGGGAAGGCUUGUAUCUAAAAUGAUAUCACAUUUCACCUCGGUUCAGACAUUAAGUCAAAGAAAUGAAAAUGUCUCCAAAUUGAUAAUGGUCAGCAAUUCUAUUAUAAAUUCUUUUUUUUGUUGGUGUUUUUAACAAAUAGGAAGAGAAAAGGUAGCCGUCAUUUGUACAUUCAUGCAGCUCCAACAACUCAAUGGUAACGCAAGCCAAAGCCUCUAUGUAAUUUUGUCGUACUGUAGGUUGGGAAUUUUCAGCAUUUCUCUCUCGAUGUUUGUUUCAUAUUAGUUCUGUCAUAGUGUGCAUUGUUACAAACCUUGGAAAACGAUUAACAUGCAAAGCAGAUCUUGAAACGAUAUCUAAAGCCAUGAACACUUGCUGUUCUGUUUGUAAAUUAAAGAUUUGAGCCAAA